UUUACAGCUGGGCCGAGGGCUCCACCAAGCUGAGGUUCAACGUUGAACUCUGCGAGGUAGGGUCCUGUGGAAGAACUGGGCUGACAGCGAUGUGGGUCAGGACGACACUAACGAUUAAAAGAUGGACUGAGGAAAAGUCUGGCCGCAAAAUUGAGAGAACCGAGAAAACUGAUAUAACCAGGUUGCCCAGCUGGAGAAGAGGAUACCCGGCUAGUGUGGACUCCAGCAGUAAUCUAUCUUCCUUUUCUGAAGGUGAGAACAAGGAGACAGACAGACGUUGCUGGAAACACCAGCAGUGUCCUGGGCAUAUCAUCCACCCCUUCUCGGACUGUGGCCAUCACAACCGAUGUAUGCAUGCUGUCAGCCACUGCAACUGUGAAUAUAGGUGUAGAAGCCACAGGCCCAUCUCUGUGGCAAUAAUUCACCACCCCACCCACCAUAUGUAUAUGCCAGAUGACCUAAAUGAAGAUGAGGAUUUGGAAGAGAACCGGCUUUCCAUCACAAAUCAUUUAAGUCCCAGUGCCAGACCCACUGAGCCAAACACAGGGUCAGCCACAGGGGUUCCUGACCUCUCAGCACCCAUCACCAUCUGGCGUUCUGAAAGUCCCAUGGACAAGUGCCAGGAAGGCAAGGCCAUUAAGAAUAUAAAGAAGAAAAAGGAGAAAGAGAAAGACGAGGAGGAGGAGAUGGUAGAUGAAAAGGCAAACUUGAAGAAAAAAGCCAAGGGCAAGUCAAUUAAGAAGAAAUGCCCAGUGAAGUCAGAGUCUUCCCCUGCAGACUUGAGCCAAUCAGUAAGCCCAAGAGAACCAGUGAGGACACCAGAGUCCAGCCCAGAAAGCCGGGAAGGGCUGGAGAGCGAGGACAGUUAUGAACGGGGUAAAGAAAAGCCCUCCAGUGAAGAUAUUGUAGAGUCAUCAUCGCCCAAAAAGAAAGAGAAGUGCUCUGCCCAGGUCAAAAAGAAUGGGACAAAGAACUUACAGACCCGGAAAACUAGCAAGAGAAAAUCUCCCCCACUGUCCAACCCCAAUCUCAGCUGAGGCUAGGGCAUCCAGAGUGAAUAAAUCAAGCCUGUAACUGACCCCUAUUGCUAUUCUCUCUCCCUCCAACAGGGCCUCUUCUUGUGGGAGGUGGCUGGCUCUGGGCCUACUAGAGCCAAGGGGUCAGGGGCUGCAGGGAUUCUCUAAGGCAAUCCUGCUUUCAAGGAGGAAGUAUAUGUCUAUGGGAAGUUAAGUAGGAGGGAGACCAGGUGGGAGAGUCCAUCUGGGGA